AUGGCUGAGAUGGGACUUGAGGGUGUUGUGAUACUGGAGAUGCCCAAGGGCAAGGGAAGCUGCACGGUGAGGAUAUCACGCUCCCCACUUCUCCAUGAAACUGUUGUCGUGGGACAAAGUCGUCCUCGUCACCGGCGGCGCCGAAAGGCGUCGGGGCGCAUGAUCUCGGAAGCCUUCGUACGCAACGGCGCACGCGUGUACAUCGCCUCGCGCGACGCCGCGGCCUGCCACGCGGCCUGCGCCGAGCUCAACGCGCUGCCGGACGAGAGCAGCACGGGCACGGCGAUCCCGCUCCCCGCGGAUCUCUCCUCCCUCGCCGAGUGCGAGCGCCUGGCCGCCGCGCUCGCCGCGCGCGAGCCCCGCCUGCACGUGCUCGUCAACAACUCGGGCGCCACCUGGGGCGAGGCCUACGACAGCUACCCGGACGCGGCCUGGACCAAGCUGCUGACGCUCAACGUGCAGCGCGUGUUCGCGCUGACCUCGCCUGCUCACUCCGCUGCUGGAGUCUCUCUCACCGCAAGGCGGGAAGGGAGAGGAGGUCCCCGUCCACCGGACGAACCCCGGGCCGGCGCGAGCAAGGCGGCGCUGCACCACCUGAGCCCGGCACCUGGCCGUGGAGCUGGGCCCGCGCGGCGUGACGAGCAACACGCUGGCGUGCGGGCCGUUCCCGAGCAAGAUGAUGGCGGCGACGCUGCGGAAUUUUGGGGAUGA